GUAAAUAACAUAAAGAUAGAAGCUUCAACAUUCAAGUUAGUGCGUGGCAAAGCAACCCAACCUGCAAAUUUUCCUUCUUUUUCAAAGAUUAGUUGUCCAUGAAGAUAUAAUAUUAUAUAUAUAUAUACAUAUCUCUCUUAAGACCCCAACGACCAAAACAGUACGUAGUUGUCGUUUACAUCUUAAGGGAAAUCGCCCCUUCACUUUCCCUUUACAUCAUCUCUAUCUAUAUAUAUCUUUUUCUUUUCUCUUUGGUCUGACCAUAAACUUUGAAUCAGAUCAAAAUCAAAUCUUUUGUUUUAGAUAAGAACUUUGCUUAAAGACCAGAUUUUUAUUUUUGGAACACAAAUAAAGGGUCUUUCUUUUUUUCUCUUUUUUACAGUGGGGUUGUGUUUGUGUUUGUGAAUUUGGAGUUGGUUUAGAGGCUGAAGAAAAGGUUACUAAAGAAAAUUGGGUGUUUUUGAGGGAGAGAAAUGGAGGGGAAAGUUUGUGAUUUUACAGUGUUCUGAUAGAUUGAAGAAAAGGAUAUCCAAAAAAGUUUGAUUUUUUAAUGAAAGAUCAAAGGUGCAAGUAAGAAUUGAUUCCAAACCCCUUUCUAUAUCUUUUUCGUUUCAUUUUCCUAGAAAAUUUUCAGAGAGAAAAUAUGGCAACGCUUGUGGAGCCACCAAAUGGGGUGAAACCAAGAGGUAAACAUUACUAUUCAAUGUGGCAAACCCUUUUUGAGAUUGAUACAAAGUAUGUACCAAUCAAACCAAUAGGGAGAGGUGCAUAUGGCAUAGUUUGUUCAUCCAUCAAUAGAGAAACCAAUGAGAAAGUAGCCAUAAAAAAGAUUCAUAAUGUGUUUGAGAAUCGUGUUGAUGCAUUGAGAACAUUGAGGGAAUUGAAGCUUUUAAGACAUAUCCACCAUGAGAAUGUUAUUGCUUUGAAAGAUGUGAUGAUGCCUAUUCAUAGAGCUAGUUUUAAUGAUGUUUAUUUGGUGUAUGAGUUGAUGGAUACUGAUUUGCAUCAGAUUAUUAAGUCUCCUCAACCUCUUUCUAAUGAUCAUUGCAAGUACUUCAUUUUCCAGUUACUACGAGGGCUGAAGUACCUGCACUCGGCGAACAUCCUUCAUCGAGACUUGAAACCUGGGAACCUCCUUGUUAAUGCUAAUUGUGACUUGAAGAUAUGCGAUUUCGGGCUGGCACGAACCAGUAGAGGCAACGAACAAUUCAUGACCGAGUAUGUUGUCACUCGUUGGUACCGUGCACCGGAGCUCCUACUCUGUUGUGAUAAUUACGGGACUUCCAUUGAUGUUUGGUCGGUCGGAUGCAUUUUUGCUGAGAUUCUUGGUCGGAAACCUAUCUUCCCCGGGACGGAAUGUCUCAACCAGCUUAAGCUAAUCAUUAAUGUCCUCGGAAGCCAACAAGAGGCUGAUCUUGCAUUUAUUGAUAACCCGAAAGCCAGAAGGUAUAUCAAGUCACUUCCGUAUUCGAGGGGCAUCCAUUUUUCUCACUUAUACCCUCAUGCGGAUCCAUUAGCCAUAGAUUUGUUACAAAGGAUGCUCGUUUUCGAUCCGUCUAAGAGGAUUACUGUCAUGGAAGCACUGCUACAUCCUUAUAUGUCAGGAUUAUAUGAUCCAAGACGCAAUCCACCUGCACAAGUACCGAUCAAUCUUGACAUAGAUGAGAACAUGGGAGAACACAUGAUUCGAGAGAUGGUGUGGAUCGAGAUGCUUCACUACCAUCCUGAGGUUCUUUCUGCAAAUGCUUAGAUGAUAUUGUUUUAUUGAUGCUCGGUUCUACGGCUGUGUUACAGUAUGCUUUUGGAGCCGGUAUUAUUGUAUGACCUAGAAGAACACUAUUGAGAGUUAUAUGCCUUGGAACUUGGCAAUUAUACCAAGAUUUUGUUUACCUUUGACACUCUUGUUUAUUAGCUUUGGGUUAUUUAUGGCAGAAUUUGGCAGUGUAACUUGUAAUAUAUGCAUAUAUUUUAGUUACAUUUACUUCAAAUAUAUCAAUUACAAUGCUGCUAUGUUCUCACUAA